GGGUCCUUCAUGACCUCUACUGAAAGUGGAGGUUGAGCCAUGGCGGCUGUUGGCGACUUCAAACCGGUUUAGACUGUGGGACGCGGCUUAUAUAUGAGCAUAGCGUGGGGGAGGCGCGUCUUGACGGCCUGUUCAUUGACCUUCCUGCAGCUGAGGUGUCCGACAUGGGUGUUAUAGGCGUGCAGUUAGUGGUUACAAUGGUAAUGGCCAGCAUCAUACAGAAGAUCACACCUCACUAUUCAUUUGCUCGCUGGUUACUUUGUAAUGGAAGCUUGAAAUGGCAUCAGCAUCCCACAGAAGAACAACUUCAGGCCCUUGCUGGAAAACAACAAAAAGCAAAAUCCAGGAAGGACAGACGUGGUCAAAAUUAAUCGUUGCCAGGGAUGAGAAGGUAAGGAUCUUCCAUCUGGAAUCGGAGUGAAGGAGCAUGAGUUUCCGUGUGUAGACUUACAGCCACAUUUAUCGUGGUUUUGCCAGGAAGUACAAUGGGCACAUAGAAAGCAAGCCACUGACUGUUCCUAAGGAUAUUGAUCUGCAUUUGGAAGCAAAGACCAUUACAGAGGUGGAUACACGAGGUUCCUUUAUUGCAAGAUCGUUCAAAUGCCAGUAUAUACAAUGCCUACAAACCAUACUAUAUUGUGAUUUGAUGCUAAUAGGUACAGUGCUUUCAACAUCAAAGUUCUCCAUUAUUUCCCUGAGUACCAAUGGUUGGUGGAUUUUGCUGCUUCAGCCACAAUUGUUUAUAUCAUUACAGAAGUCUACUACAGCCUGACAAACCCCCACAAUGAGAUGAAUAUUAGCUUAGUUUGGUGCCUGCUGGUCCUUGCCUUUGUCUUUAAGGUACUGUUUUCUCUGACCACUCACUACUUUAACGUGGAAGAAGGUGGGGAGAGAUCAGUCUGCAUCACUUUCGGCUUCUUCUUCUUUGUAAAAGCAAUGGCGAUCCUAAUUGUGACCGAGAACUAUCUAGAGUUUGGACUGGAGACAGGGUUUGCAAACUUUUCUGACAGCGCUUUGCAGUUCCUUGAGAAACAAGGCCUGGAAUCCCAGGGCCCUGUCUCGAAGUUGACCUUCAAAAUGUUCCUGGCUGUUUUCUGUGCUCUCAUUGGUGCUUUUUUGACAUUUCCUGGCCUGCGGUUGGCGCAAAUGCAUCUGGAUGCCCUGAAUCUUGCAAAAGAAAGGCUAACACAGACUCUGUUUCAUAUAAACUUCCUGUCACCACUAAUUAUAGUACUCCUCUGGGUGAAGCCUAUUACAAAGGACUAUAUCAUGAAUCCACCAAUUGGUAAAGAAAGUAUUCCUUUAAUGUCCGAGACUACAUAUGACUCAUUGCGGCUGUGGAUUGUUAUCCUGCUUUGUGUUCUGCGACUGGCCUUAAUUCGCCAACAUCUACAAGCGUACCUUAACUUGGCACAGAAAGGUGUGGAACAGAUGAAGAAGGAGGCAGGGCGAAUCAGUACAAAGGAUCUGCAAAAAAUGGUUGCCCGGGUUUUCUACUACCUUUGUGUGAUUGCACUUCAGUACGUGGCACCUGUGAUUAUGCUUCUUCAUAUAACACUGCUUUUAAAAACUCUGGGUAACCAUUCCUGGGGUAUCCUCUCAGAAUCUUCCUAUGUGUCUCCUACGGAGAUUGCUGAAACCUCCAAUUCUGACAUCUCAGCUACCCUUGCAGCUAAUGAAAACAAGAAGCUAACAGCUACGCAAAUUACAAUUGCACUGGAUGGUCUGCAGAGUGUUUUCACUCCAUUACUCUUCCGAGGUCUGCUCUCUUUUCUAAUCUGGUGGAUUGCAGCUUGCCUGUUUUCCACAAGUCUUUUUGGUCUUUUCUAUCAUCAGUACCUGACAGUCGCAUAAGUGACUAGCAUAAUAAAGCUGGACUUCAAAAUACUCUUCUAGAUUUGAAACUAAAAUCAAAGCCACUUCUUUGGGAUUAGAACAAAAGGAAAACUUUAAACCAUUGUGGAAACAGCAUAUCGCUAAAAUACAGAGCACAGAUCAACCUGCUCAUUUCAAAUGCUUCCUCUGGUUCUCAGGGUGAAUAAAUGUCUUAACAAUUUGAAAACUAAAAGCAGGAAUGAUGUCACAUUUCUAAUACCAUAGGUCAUUUAUCACUGUUCUUUGAUGAAACUUUGGGAUUACUGGAGGUUAUCAACAAAAGAUAAUUUGCCCUAAUUGGUUGGUAAACCAGCAGGCCAGAAGUAAUGGUAUAACUAUGAAUAGGAUUAAACUUUGAUGGUCUUAAAUCCCCAUUUCCACUUAUAAAUUUGCAUUUGCUGUGAAAUUACAGCUCAUCUGAAUUUUAAGUGCAGUCAAAAUUUAGCAAAGGACUAGAAAUGCAGCAUAAAUCUUUGGAAUUACUCUACAAAAUGCCAGUCUGGCUAAUGUACAGUUUAACUUGAAUCUCACCAUUUUUGUUGCCUCUCAGUUUUUCCCAUCAUGCAGUAACUGGACUCUGUUUCUUCAUUGCAGAAACAUAGUUAUGUAAACAUUGAGAAAUGGGAAUGGGAAUCCUUUCUUUUCUUUACUCCCCAAGUGCAUAUCAGUUCUAAUCCCAUCGUGUUUUUGAAUAUAGCAAGAGGAUUGACUUUUAAAUAAUUGUAAAUUUUGAGCUGAUGAUGGUAAGCAAUCUAGUUUGAGCAACAAAAAAUUAUAUUGACAGAUUCCUAACAGAAACUGAGCCGUAAGUUAAAAUGAGAUGUGUUUAUCCUUCUGUUGGACAAUCCAGCAAUUUUCACUGUGAAGAAGUCUUUGCAGUUGGAAUUUAAAUGUAACUACUGUAUAUUACAGUAAAGGUUAAAUAUUUCAGACUUUUAAGGGAACAAAUUUCUUUGAAAUUGUGGCUGUUGCUGUAAGAGAGUUUGACUUAAUACUUGAUGUGAGACAUUAGGUGGGUGAUUUUUUAUCAAAAAAAAAUAUUGUUUUUGUAUUGUCCAAAAAGCCCUGCAGUACUGCAGAACUCUGAUACUCUGGCUGUCUGAGUACUGGAAGCAUGUGUUUAUAAAGCACAUCAACUGUGACUGCAUUAAGUGAAAAGAUUAUGGUCCCCAAUUCUUACAUAACACUCUGAGAUCUAGUGAAUGAAUCAUCAUUUGCUGGGUGUUGAUUUUUUUUUAUGUUUGAUGUCGCAGCAUCAAAACUUCUCUACAAUAUAAUCUGCUACUGAAUUCUGAUUUUCAUUUUAGAAAGACAGUCACAACAUUACAAAUGAAAUGUUUAAAAUCUUGAUUACUGGUAUUGAAGUGCAUUAAACAAUGCCUUGCAGUUAUAUACAACUUUUCAUUUACCAAAACAGCACAAAGGACUUUACCAGAUGAUUGAUGAUAUUAAGUAGUAAGUAGAAGAAAAGUCUAUUAAGAAAUCCAUAUGAUAAAGGGUAGUCUGAUUAAAAUAUUCUCCAUUAGCUAUUGUAACAUUUCUUUUCCGAUUUUAACAUUUUAGAGAUGCUGAUAAAUGAAAAGAUAAGGCAGUGGAUACUUUUGAAUUUCUUUAAAACUAUUUAGACAUGUUUUAAUAAUCAAUAGUCUAUAAAAGCUGAUUGCACUAUCCCCCCUCCCAUUAUGUUGAAUUUCAAUAUUUGGUAUAGGAAAAAAUAACAAGAAAAUGUAAAGUGCCAAGCAGCUUUUCCCUUUUUGUUGUCAUAUUUUACCUUGUAUAUUUAUUGCAGAACAACAUAUGUUCUUGUGGACCAAUUAAAGGCUAUGAGUUCAGGAAGAAUGUGUAAGUUUACAUUUUAUUUGUAAGUAAUUGAUAGAAGUGCUGCACAUGAUUAAAUAGUCCUCAGCCUAUAAAUUUUAAUCCAGUUUACUAAGGACAUGCUAAUAAGGAAUUCAUUUCAAGCUUUCAAUAAUCCUAUUGGAUUUUGUCAUUUAGAGUACAAAUUGUUAUAGCAUCUUUGAACAAUUCUGUUUAAGACGUAUCAUAAUCUGGUCAAAAAGUGCAAAAUGUAGUUCUAUCCAUAUUUUUCUGAUACAAGUCUUUUGAUAUAUCAUCUGCUAUCCGUUUUAAGCAAUGCUUCCUUUGAACGGCAAGUUCAAUUUUGCAUCUAAAUUUAUAUAUGUGAAGCACAUUUACAGCAGAUGCAAAUAAAAUAAUUAAAUUUAUCACGUAAUAUUGAAAUUCAGUUUAUAGAAUGAAGCGCCAAAAACCAAAUGUUAAGCUCAUCUCUGACCAUCUAUAGUGAGACAUGUUUGCUUGUUACACUUUUAACAUUUAGUUGUAAUAGCUGCUCAGGGGGUGCCAGUUAACUCAGUUGGCUAGACAGAUGGCAUGUGGAUCAGAUAAUGCCUACAUCGCUGGGUUCGAUCCCUGUUCUGGCUGAGGUAGAUUUGGGGCCUGCCUCCUUGCCCUAUCUGUCGAGACAAAAUCGCGCCACUUGCCUGUGGCUCCACAAAUAAUUUUUUUUAAAAAUUGCUUCGUGGGAUUUGGGCAUUGCUGGCUAAUAGUCAUCAUGGACCUGCCUUUGGGCAGACAACUCAAGAAGGAGAAGAAUAGCUGCUACAUUGUAUACAGUUCUGUCCUAAGCGAAUAAAAUUGGUCCUUUCAUCUUCCUUGAUUUUUCUAAUAACAUCUUCCCCAGUGAAUGUGACUGUUUUACUGACAUCAUAAGCUUGAAUGAGGUAUGGUCAUAUUAUUGGAUUUGUUGCCAGACUUGAAAUCAAAAUUGUCAUAAAUCUGAAUUGGCCUUGAAUUGAUUUAAUUGUUUGUCAUUACAAAUUGAUCUCUAUAGACAAAAUUAUAUAAGUUAUUUAUCAGUCUCUAUUCCACACUAAUACAGAAAGACAGAAGUAAUAGUAAAGUUUUGUAGGCAUUACUAGCAAGAUUGAAUAAUGGUUAGCACCCCGAUCCUUCUUUCAAAAGCUAUGGACAGAUGUGGUUUGCUGCAACUCAUCUGGGCAGUUUAUGAAUUAUUCAAUACUAGCUGAAGUUGGCAUUGACCAAUGUCAGACUACUGCUGGAGAGCUACAGUCAUUGGGUAAAAUUAAACAAAGCAAUUGUUUCCCAAACUUUAUACAAGGCACUCUUGCCCUCAAAUCAAGGUGACUAUUUUAGUAAUUAUUAAUAAAGUACCUUGUGCAGUGUGACCAUGCAAAGGUGAAAUCCCAUCCAAAUAGUUGUAGAUCUGAGAUGGGAUUAGUAAAUUAAGGUGACUUAGUCCAUGAAGAGUAUGAAGGAUGAUAAAUCCAACAUUAUGUGUAUGCUGAGUUUCAGUAUCAAAAUUUGACUUGUCAUGGGGAAGACUUUAAAGUCAAUUAAGUCAAAAUUCUGGGAGAGCGUUUGAACAUUUAUAAUCCAGAUUCAUAGUCCUAAAGUUGGCACAUCAAACAUAAAUAUGUAAUCAGGUAAUCUGUGGCACAUGGAUAACCAUCCAUAGCCAGCAGCAAUUGUCUGAAGCCUUUCUAAAGAAUUGUAUACUUAAAUUUGUUGUUUAGUUAGUACAGUAUUGCAUGCCAAGGACUUGUAGCCUUUCUUUUUAAUAAAUCACUUCUAUUGAUUUGAA